CUUGAAAGCGAUCAGUGCAUUUUUUGACGCUCAACGGGUACGACGAAACGCUGCAAAAUCGCGCAAGUGAUAAGCAUUGAAAAGAAACAAUAAAAAAUAAUAUUAAUUAAAUAAGGAAAAAAAUAAAAAAAUUGCUCUCAGUGGUUACUUGUGAUUACCAUUUGAUAGUCUCCAAAAAUCUUUAACUCUUCAACCCUAAAUUAUGAAAAGUGCAAACAUUUCUAGUGUUUAUUAAUGUGUCUUAUUAAUAAAUAUUUAUGAUGUUUUGUUGCCGAUUGUACAAAGCCAUUUUGUAUUUAACCAGAAUGAUUUAUAGAUCAUCGAGAACAUAUUAACUUUCCACACGAUAAGCCAGCUUAACUAAUCUACUACGAUAAGCAUUUAGCUAUUUAGCAGAAAACUUAUUAUUUUACGCUGAAAAAUGAAUAAAAUUGUAGUGAAUCCGCAAACAGUGCGCGAUUAAGUGAUCAGUUUGCUGAGCGAUCAUUAGCAUAUUCCGUAUAAAACAGAAAGCUCAUCAAAGGAUAUUCUGCAGCGCUGCGCGUUAAGAGUAUUGUAAGCUUCUGAAAGUUGCCUAUUGGCAGCUUCGAUACGUGAGUGAGCUCUUCCAGUAGAAACUUCAACGCAAUGUUCUCGCUAACUAAGCUGUUCGCGCUUUGCGCGGUACUUAGCAUUUUCGCCGGUUUGCCACGCGCCGCACAGUGCGACUCCUCCUACUAUGAGAAGUACUAUACAGCACGUCGCUUCGUACCACUUAAGCGCAACUCGCUGAUCCCUUUUAACUUCACGGUUUCGCUCAGCGACCAGCCGAUUGCCAGUUACGAGGUUAUCGCUAUGGUUGGCGAUAUCAAGCAGUUGGGUGCAUGGCGCGCCGAUAAGGCGAUAUUGCUAAAUCGUACACAGGAUCACAAGGUGUGGACCGCCAGCGUAGCAUUGCCUGUAAAUACGACCGUCAACUAUCGCUACUUCAUUGCUGCUAUCGACAAUGAGACGGGUGUGGUGAAUGUACGCCGUUGGGAAACGCACAUCAACGCGCGUAACUUUCGCGUGGGCACCGUGUCUGGCAAUCGCACUGACGUCUGUGGCUGGAUUGAUCCAAAGCAAAAGGAACUGCAGCGUGGCUGGCUUAAUGCGGGUAAUAUUGUGCAGUUUAAACUAUUGCGUAACCCCUUGAAUGUGAAUGAGUCGCGUGCGGGAAAUGAGGAGCUGCGCUUGAAGUUGCAACCGGUGGAGCCGCGUCGCUUGUCUGCCAUUCUGCCCUCGUCUAAGGCACACACGGAGUAUGUGCGCAUGGUGUACGGUGAUAGUUAUCUGCGCACGCAGCCCGAGUUUGGUGUACCCUACAAAUCCAAUGACAUUCUAAUAUUCCAUUCGACGGUAUCGCAACUGGAUAAAGUGGCGUAUCUGCUGAAGUUGUAUGCGACGCAAAACGGCAAUGAGCUGGUGCGGCUGGUGGGUUAUCAAUACAUAUAUCCGGAUCAUUUGCAGGGCACUGAAGGCAGCUUCACAAUAAAUCUUUUGUCACCUGUGUGGUUAAAUGCCAUUGGCAGUUUGAAGGUGGAAUAUUUAGUGAUAAAACCGCUGCCUAAUUCCACAGUCGAUUUCCAUACUUCUUUUGUGGAUUAUUGGCGUAGCAAUUGGACGGCACUAGAUGCGGGUCAUCGUGGCUUGGGUAAGAGUCUCCAGCAGGCGACUAAUGCACCAGCAAUUAUUGAGAACACCGUAGCUUCUAUGAAAGCUUCGGCAGCAUUGGGUGCCGAUUUUGUUGAAUUCGAUGUGAUGCUUACAAGCGAUUUGGUGCCGGUUAUCUAUCAUGACUACUACAUCUACGUGUGCAUGGACCCCAAAACACCCACCAGCAAAGAUGACCUCACCAAAGUGCUCAUUAAGGAUGUCACGUAUGAACAGUUGAAGAAUUUGAAGACCUAUCAGGUGGUAGGAAAUAAGAUAAUCGAAUAUCCAGCACACAACAAUGUAGAACAGGAGGAUCAACGCCUCUUUCCGCUCUUCGAAGAUUUCCUCACCAAGGUGAACAAGUCGGUGGGUUUCGAUAUUGAAAUCAAAUGGCCACAGUUGCUAUUGACUGGUACAUUGGAGAGCGUACAGACAAUCGAUAAGAACACUUAUGUCGAUCGUAUACUGGAUGUAAUGUUACGUCAUGGUUGUGGCCGCUUGAGUUUCUUCACAAGUUUUGAUGCUGAUAUUUGUACAUUGCUGCGCUUCAAGCAAAACCUCUAUCCGGUUAUGUUCCUCUCCUCGACCGUACUGGGCGUGUACGCAGAUCCCCGUUCCGAUUCGAUCUACGAUACAGUGAAUAACGCGCAAGCUUUUGAUUUGGCGGGCAUUGUGCCGAAUGCGGUGCACAUAAAAAGCAAUCCGAGCUGGAUUGAGGUAGCGGCAAAACAGGGGAAAAAAGUGUUCCUGUGGGGUGAUACGCUCAAGGAUACCGAAUCGAUUGCUUGGUUCAAAGCACAAGGUCCAACUGGUGUAAUCUACGAUCGUUUGGAUCUAUGGCUGCCAUCGAAUAAGCAAAGCGCUUUCGAACUCGAAGACGAUUUGCCAGCGUUCUUCCAAUUGCAAUGUUCGGCGAACCAAAAGAAGAUACCGGUAAAUUCAACAAUCGAGAGUAUACUAAGUAAUGUGAAUUUACUGUAGAGGCUGUGUAGUGAAUUAUGUAUUUGUUGUAAGGCAAUAAUAACUUGCGCCAAAUGUUCCUUAUUCUCUUGAGAGAAAA